UUUUUGCUAUCAUGUCGUUAACAGAUGUUAAGACAUCAUCUCCUGAAUCAGGAAACUAUGUAGGUUUUGCUAAUCUUCCAAAUCAGGUACAUAGAAAAUCUGUUAAAAAAGGAUUUGAAUUUACUUUGAUGGUUGUAGGUGAAUCUGGUUUGGGUAAGAGCACCUUAAUAAACAGUCUAUUUUUGACUGAUUUAUAUCCUGAUAGAGUAGUACCAAGUGCUGAAGAAAAAAUUAACCAAACUCUUAAAAUUGAAGCCUCCUCUGUGGAAAUUGAGGAGAGAGGUGUUAAAUUACGUUUAACUGUUGUUGACACUCCUGGAUUUGGAGAUUCCAUAGAUAAUACUAAUUGCUUUGAAUCAAUCCUGAAGUAUAUAAAUGAUCAAUUUGAACACUACCUUUAUGAUGAAAGUGGGUUAAAUAGGAGACAUAUAGUAGACACUAGGGUUCACUGCUGCUUUUAUUUUAUUAAUCCUAUUGGACAUGGAUUGAAGCCUUUAGACAUAGAACUGAUGAAAAGGUUGCACACAAAGGUUAAUAUUGUUCCAGUUAUAUCUAAAGCUGACACUUUAACCAUUAAAGAGUGCAAAGUUUUCAAAGAAAGGAUUUUAAGAGAGAUUCAAGAAAAUGGAAUACACGUCUAUCAAAUGCCUGAUUGCGAGAGCGACGAGGACGAAGAGUUUAAGCAGCAAGUUAGGAUGUUGAAAAGUUCGAUGCCAUUUGCUGUGUGCGGAUCUAUGGGGAUGGUCGAAGUUAAAGGUAAGAAAGGAGUGCGGGGCAGAAUUUAUCCUUGGGGAGUUGUCGAAGUCGAAAACACUACGCAUAGCGAUUUCCUUAAACUCAGAAAUAUGCUCAUAACACAUAUGCAAGAUUUGCAAGAAGUGACCCACGAUUUACAUUACGAAAAUUUCAGAUCCCUCAAACUCAGUGACAAGCCGAAUGAUAAAUCUAAAAAAGAUCAACCCGACGCAGGUGAUGAAAAGGACAAAAUUUUGAAGCAGAAAGAAUUAGAGCUGAAACAAAUGCAGGAGAUGCUCGAUAAAAUGAAGAUGAAAAUUGGAGAAAAAUGAUUAUAAACUUUUUUUUAUGACCAAAAAAGCACAAAUCAAAUUUUUAAAACACAAAAACCAAAAAUAUUAUUGAAUUCCAAAUCUCUUACAUUUCUGUUUUACAUUCACAUUUAUAUGUAAAAAUUAUUAUUAUUAUUAUUCUAAAUAUUAUUUUUUUUAAAAACUUUUAGAUUUAAAAUGUCAAUCAUGUUAUUAUCACCACAAAUUUUAUAUAUAUCAUAUUUAUUUAUUUAUAUGUACAAUUUUUUGAUACCAAAUUAUGUAAUUGUUUUCUGUUGAAUUUUAAUAAUGUAUAUACUUUUAAUUUUGUAUGAAAAAAAAACUAAUAUUUUUAUCUCUAUAUAUUUAUGUUUUUAAAAUACCGAUCCUAAUUUUUGGCCAUUUUAAAUAUUGUAACAAUUUCCUAUUAUUUCUAAUGUUCUAUAACAUAAUUUGCAACUACAGAAGCGUUAAACAUAUACGAGUUUCCAAUUAAAAUCGGGCUAAUAGCGUUACAGUUAGGAAUCUACCUCUAUUAACCUGUUAAUGUUUAAAAGAUGUUUCGAAAUAUUAUUUUUUUUCAAUUCUGAACACUUUGAUUUAAAAAAGAAAUUCAAUUCAGAAUUCUUAAAAAAAUAAGAAAUCUAGGAGACCUACUCACCCACAGAAUAUUAAGAGCUCUCUUAUCUUAACUAUUGUUCGUCAACAACAACAAAUAUAGGAACGGUAAAGAGAUAGCCAAUGCUAAACGAAAUAGCCUCAUGUCAUGAAUAUUUUUUUAUUUUCAAUAUCAUGUAUAUUUAAUUAACCCUUUAAUUGUCGAAUUAAGAAUAAGUGUAUAUUUAACGAUAAUAUCGUAUUAAGAAAUAA